UUUAACAACAAAAUAACACAUAAACCGGAACAAGCAGGUCUUUCAAAACGUUACUGUCAUCGUUUUCAUAUUCAUUAUGUCAGAGGUACUUCUACUUCCUAUUUCUGCUGUUUAAAAUAUGCAGCCAUCUCUCUCUCAGACAAUAGAGGAAAUAUCAACACACCAGCUUCACCUUCAUCAGAAAUAGCAACCGUCAGAUGAUUAGAACUGGGCUGUCCCACGGAUGCUUUUCACAUCAGCCAUGGUGGAAAUGGACGCUUCCAACUCCUGUCUGUCUGCGGUGAGAGUGCUGCGCGUUUCCCUGGUGGAUGAACUGGAAGGACAGAUCGACUCCCUGUUGGAGGAGCUGGUGGAUCAGAAAGCGUUCACUCGGGAUGACCGGGAGGAAGUGCUGUGUCAGCCGGGGCCCCGGGCCAGGGUCCGGAAGGUGUUGGAUAUCCUGGAGUGCAAAGGGGAGGAAGCAGCGAAAGUUUUCUUGUCUGUUAGAAAUUAUCAGCGGCUCUCCCAGGAUGCGCCUCAAGUUCCAUCCUCAGAGUACAAGAAGAUGCAACAAAAGCACAAAGACGUCUUGAGGCGCAGAAGUGAGAGCAUGCUUUUCUACAACAGUAGGCACGGAGACAAAAUCCUCUUUUCCGAACAUUAUGUCAACCUCCUAUUAGUGGACGGACACCAGGCCUUAGAGAUUAAGAGACAUGAGGUGCUGGCUUUUGGACAAAAGAGAUUGUCUCUGCAGCAUAAAUCAGGGCUGCAAAGGAAAAUUGCACCAGCUGAACUGUUUUCGAGAACAAACGAAAAACGUUCAAUAAAGAAAGUGCUGGUGACGGGGGUGGCGGGAAUUGGCAAAACGGUUCUGGUGCAGAAAAUUCUCUUUGACUUUGGGCAGAGCAAGGACCACCUGGCAUUUGACUUUGUUAUCCACAUGAGCUUUAGAGAUUUAAAUCUUAUUGACAAACCCACAAACUUCAGAGAGUUGGUGCUUCGUAAGAACAGGCACCUUUCUAAAGUACUGGAUUGGAUCUUAGCAAACGAUGACAAACUCCUAAUUAUCCUGGAUGGGUUUGACGAGUUCCGACACUACAGGAGGUGCGACGUUGACGUAUUCAUGUCCAAGCCAGAGGAAGAUGCAGAGGUGAAUGAAAUUUUGGGGAGCUUGUUGCAGGGUGAGCUGCUACCCAACGCCUCUGUCAUGCUCACAAGCCGGCCUACGGCUAUCAACCACAUCCCUGUCGGAUGCAUCGACCGUUAUGUGCUCAUUGCCGGAUUCUCCAUAAAUGAAGUUCAAGACUUCUUCCUGAGGUAUUUCCAGGAUGCUGCUGUGGCUGACAGAAUGUUUUCAACGGUGUCGGCAAAUGAACUAAUGCUGACACUGUGCUAUAUUCCUGCCUUCUGCUCCAUUGUGUGCUGCAUCCUCAAUGAGAGCAAAGAUCUCUGUGGGGAAAGCCCAAAGACCAUGACGGACAUUUAUGUGCAAUAUCUAGUGGCCUUGCUCCGUUCUCACACCCAGUCAAGAACGAAGACGUGUCCUGAAGACCAAGGAGCAAAGACCAACCAGCAGCUGUCUGAUAUUGUGUUGAAGCUGGGUCGACUUGCCUUUAAGAAGCUGAUGGAGCAUCAAACGCUCUUCUACAGCAGCGACCAAGAUGUGGCCGGGCUAGAGGGAUGCAGCCUGGUUAGUACCUUCCUUGACACGACAGUUGCACAAGAGCCCGGGUUCACUGAAGAGGUUUUCUCCUUUGCCCACCUCACUGUUCAGGAGUUCUUUGCUUCUCUUUACUGCGCUGUGACGGACCAACCGUUGCCUGAUGCAAUGCAGAGCAGUGACAACCAGAACAAUGGACACUUGGACCUCUUCAGCCGCUUCCUGUCUGGAAUCCUCUCAGAUCGGAAUUCCAAUUUCCUGUCAAGACAAGUGGGACUUCACUGCCGGGAGGAAAAAGUAGAGAUGUACCGUCGGAAGAUCACAACAGAUCUCGCAGUGCUUUGUGAGAACGGAGCCCAUAUUCUGAACUGCUUACAUUGUUUGUUUGAGCAACAGGACCCCUCAAUGACCCUGCCAGCGCUCCCAGAAUUACUUAGAGUAAAUGUCAGCGACGAAACGCUCGCUCAAAUGGACCAUAAUGCCAUAAAGUAUUUCCUAGCCCUCACAGAAGGCAAAAUACUAUCAGAACUGGAUCUUACAGGGACUGGAGUGAACCGUGACUCUCUGAGCGAUAUUCAACCAUUUCUGCACAGAUGUCAGAGACUGUGGCUUGGAGAAAAUAAUUUAGACAUGGACGCGGUUCAGGUCGUUGCAGACGUGGUGAAGGUCUCGGAAAACCUCACCCACCUCGGGCUCGGAUGGACAAACAUCGGUGACGAAGAACUACAAGCUCUUUGCACUGCGAUUCGGGUGAAAAAAAGGGUUCAAGAGUUGUGGAUGGAGGGUAACCGAGUUAGUCACAGAGGUCUGCUGUCACUCGCUGAUUUGACGCCUGAUCCAUUGCAAAUAAUUGUGGUCAUAUGGAACAACCUGUAUGAGUCCGAGUCGGAGAGUCUGUGCAGCCAGGACAGGAUCACAGCAAAUUUUACAGAUGAACAACUGUGGCAAGAGUGGGGGGAAUGGGUUUUUAGGCGCUGCCAGGUCAGCAGCAAUGAGAAGCUAGUGACGGUACUCCACAAAGUUUGCAACAUGCCAAAUGGCUGGCUGGAGCUCCACUGGGCAAAGACCUUCUACAGUCAACUGUCGCAGCUCAUUAAGAGCCGGAUAGAGUGCUGCACAGAGGAUGACAUGCGCAAGAAACUCCAAAAAUUUGACAAUCUUUUAAAUCUCUGAGAUCGUUUUAUUUCCCGCUAAUUGUUUUAUGAAAGACUAAAGAAUGAAAAUGAAUGGUACACGGGACGACGUCAUUACGUCCUCUUUUAAUGAUUAACACUCGACCACAAAUUCUUGUGUGCCAAAAUGACCCAGAGAGGAGUGGAGCAAUACACAGUCACAAUGAAACAAUGGAAAGUUUCCCAGAUUCUAAAAUUGUUUAAACAAAUACACACCAAAAAUCCCCUUGGUGUUUAGAAAGAAAAACCAUUGAAGCAAAGCUAUGUGGAAAAGUAAGCGCAUCCUUGCUACUUUCGUGGGAUUAAGAAUGAAAAGUAGCAAUUGGGUAAUAACACACAUUUCAUUUUCCUAUGAUCAGCCAGUAUACACGAUUAGUCCCAGAAUAGAUUCAACAAGUUUCAGUAAGCAUAAUAAAUGUUAAAGUUCAAGACAACAUAAUUAGAAAUAGUCAGAACAAGUAUGACUUAUUUGGAGGGAUUGAUAGGAGGAAAAAUGUUUCAAAGAUUUCAGUACUAUCAUGUCGGUUUUCACCGUUGCAUCUGAAUGAUUCACAAAACUUGAGUCAGAACCAAAUUUAGAGAAAACCAUACACAGUGUAUGACGAAAGACCUUAUACCAACUGCCAAGUAUUAUGGCUUAAAAUUCUCAUAUGAUCAAAAAUAAGCCCAUCUGUCAAUACAUGACCUAAGCUGGGGUAUGCAAGGAAAGAAGUGGUGUUGAAAGAA